CUUGCCUUGAGAACGUGAAUUUGACACAUCCGAAUCUGUGGAGAAGCAGUUUACAGAUUGUCUUAUGUCUAAAUCAGUGCUUGAACAGUUGUGUGUAUUUGUUUACCACACGUUUCAUAACAUGGGGACAAAAACGGGCCGCGGCGGGCAGAAGAGUAAUUAAGACGCUCGCGUCUCAAUAAUAAACGUCUGCUAAUAGUUAGCACGCGUCAGCCAAACCCUUCCCCGAAGAGGACUACAAGCAUAUUAACAAGUCAUCAUUUUCCUCCUCUCAUCACGGGGCUCUGUAUCUAUCCCUUGCAAAUAACGGGGGUUCGCUCCAUUGCAGAACCGGGACCUCGUCAUCAAAAGGGUCAGUGUUGUGAACAUUAUGGUGCUGUCUGCUGGCUGAGCUGCACGAGAUAUGCACUUAUCUGAGCAACGCUGACAGCCCCCCCGGCUCAGCUCGAACAUGACCAUGAAGUCUUCGCCCGAGUCCCAACAGGAGACCGAGACCACUUUGCACCCUGCAGAGUUGAGAGAGAUCCAUGCCACCUCUGCAGCAUCCGUAGUGUCCGGUGAUGACGCCACCGUCUUUCUGACGCCAGGCAGGAUGAGCCAGCGGCAGGUGAAGGAACGGGACAAGGAGAAAGACAAGGACAAGGACAAGGACAAGGAGGCGGGCCUCCAAACCCCCAGCCGGGAACAUAUCGCCUCUCCCUCCUCGCUCAGCUCGGGCGUCAGCUACAGCCACGGUUUCGAGAGAGGGAAGGAGGACGUUUUGUCGCUGCCUUUGAAAGAGGAUUCGCUUUCCAUAUCCAAGAGCAAGUCGGAAACCAAGCUGUACAAUGGCUCCGACAAGGACGUGUCGGCAUCCGGAGGCAAGCUCACCAAGAAGGAGUCCCUCAAGGUACAAAAGAAGAAUUACAGGGAAGAGAAGAAGAGGGCCACAAAAGAGCUGCUCAGCACCAUCACCGACCCUUCCGUCAUUGUCAUGGCCGACUGGCUGAAGAUCCGCGGGACCCUGAAGAGCUGGACCAAGCUGUGGUGUGUUCUGAAGCCGGGCGUGCUGCUCAUUUACAAGACUCACAAGAACGGCCAGUGGGUGGGCACGGUGCUGCUCAACGCCUGCGAGCUCAUCGAGAGACCCUCCAAGAAGGACGGCUUCUGCUUCAAGCUCUUUCACCCCCUCGAGCAGUCCAUCUGGGCCGUCAAGGGCCCCAAAGGGGAAGCGGUGGGCUCCAUCACUCAGCCGUUACCCAGCAGUCACCUCAUCUUCCGUGCGGCGUCCGAGUCUGAUGGUCGCUGCUGGAUGGAUGCCUUGGAGCUGGCCUUAAAGUGCUCCAGCUUGCUCAAAAGAACCAUGAUCCGCGAGGGGAAGGAAGACAUGAGCACAGUGGCCUCUGGCGGAGAACAUUCCCUCAACUUCUACAGCCUCCUGCGUGCCCACAACAUGCAUGGAUUCCAGUUCAACGAUAGCGACCAUUUGAAAGACCCGGACCUCUACUCCGAUAAGUCCGACCGGGAGGGCGAGCCGGACCACGAGGAGUCGGACCCGGAAGGCCUGGAGAAGAGCGAGGAGAGCGACAGCGACACGUCGGAGCGCCAGGACGACUCGUACGUAGACAUGGACCCCAACGAGCACGUGCGGGAAACGUCCUACAUCGAGCAGUCCCACGAAGAACUGGGCGAGGCAGGCGAGGCUGCCCAGACCGAAACGGUCUCAGAGGAGAACAAAUCCCUGAUCUGGACUCUUCUGAAGCAAGUGCGACCGGGUAUGGAUCUGUCCAAAGUGGUCCUGCCCACGUUUAUCCUGGAGCCGCGGUCCUUCCUGGACAAACUGUCCGACUAUUACUACCAUGCGGACUUCCUGUCUGAGGCUGCGGUGGAGGAGAACGCUUACAACCGGAUGAAGAAAGUCGUCAAGUGGUACAUCUCCGGGUUCUACAAAAAGCCAAAGGGCUUGAAGAAGCCUUACAACCCCAUUAUCGGCGAGACCUACCGCUGUAUGUGGCUGCACCAAGAGACCACCAGCAAGACUUUUUACAUUGCAGAACAGGUAUCUCACCAUCCCCCCGUGUCCGCAUUUUACGUCAGCAACAGGAAGGACGGAUUCUGCCUCAGCGGCAGCAUCCUUGCCAAGUCCAAGUUCUAUGGGAACUCCUUAUCAGCCAUAUUAGACGGCGAAGCUCGACUUACUUUCCUAAACCGGGGCGAGGACUACGUGAUGAACAUGCCCUACGCUCACUGCAAAGGCAUUCUCUAUGGCACCAUGACUCUGGAGCUGGGUGGUCAGAUCACCAUUUCGUGUGAGAAGACAGGCUACAGUUCUCAGCUGGAGUUCAGACUUAAGCCGUUCCUGGGAAGCAGCGACAGUGUCAACCAGAUCUCCGGAAAGAUCAAGCUGGGGAAGGAAGUUCUGGCGACUCUCGAGGGCCACUGGGACAGCGAGAUCUUCAUCAACGACAAGAAGACGGGAACAGUGGACACUUUCUGGAACCCAACACCGGACCUGAGGCAGAGCCGACUCACCCGCUGCACCGUCCCACCCGAGGAGCAGGGGGAGUUCGAAUCAGAAAGGCUGUGGCAGCACGUGACGAGGGCCAUCAACAACAAGGACCAGACGGAGGCCACCAACGAGAAGUUCAUCCUGGAGGAAAGCCAGAGGAAGUCGGCGCGGGAGAGGAAAGCCAAGUGCGAGGAGUGGAACCCCACCCUGUUCGAGCAGGACCUCAUCACUGGAGAGUGGCAUUAUAAAUAUGCUGACACAAGGCCGUGGGACCCCCUCAAUGACCUGAUCCAGUUUGAAAAAGACGGUUGUAUCCAGACCAAGGUCCGACACCGCACCCCCAUGGUACGUUCUGGCAGUCUUAUUAGUCUGAGUAACCAGGGGUCGCGGAGGGACAAUUGCAAGUGCCAGGUCACGGUGCCAAAGAGGAAACACAAGAGCGACAAGCCUAAAAGCCCAGAGAGUGGCUGCUCUUCGCCAGAACUCGACCGCCAGGACUCCUCCGGAAGCGAACGACACAAGAGCAAACACAGCAGCCGUUUGCGCAAGAAGGGCGCAGAACUCAGUGAACUUCAAAGUGCCAUUGAAUCCAUAAAGCAGACGCAGCAGGACAUAAACAGGAGCAUCAGUGCAUUGCGGAGUCGCACGGCAGGCCGGGCGGAGGGCACCUCCUUCUUGCAGCAGCGCGACUACGUCGUCAUCGUGGCCCUCAUCGUCCUGCAGGUGGUCAUCAACUACGUCUUCAAGUAGCAGCCAUAGCGGAAGGACUUCACCACAAACGCACUCCAGUGUCGGUAACUUCUUCCCCACCCCGGCAUCAUCCUCGACUGUACUUUCCGUCCCAAAAUCGGAAGACUUGAAAUAUGUAUUUUAUUCCAAAAUUCACGUCUUUGUAGCCCGGAAGCCGAGCCGCCCGAAACCGCGAGACUUGUGUUUUGCUUCCGAGUCGAUUGCGAAAUGUUAGACGGAGACGUGAAUUUGAAAGGGACUCUUGUGGGAAAAGAGCGCAGUCAUUUUAUUUUUUAAUGUGAAUGUAAGACUGCUCGUUAAUACACAUUUCAUUCACCCUCUUUUUUAAAAAAACAGGGGACCUAUUUCAAUUAUGAGCCAUGACUACUACUCCUAAUAAUGAAAGGAUGCUUCAUGCCUAUAUCUUUUGUUUUUUUUUUGCUGGUUUUCAUGGUGGUCCAAUCACUAAUAAUUUUCGUUUGUGGCUCGGUAUUUGACUCGUAAACGUUCAUACAGAGUGAAAAAAAAAUUGAUAAGUAAUGUACAGGCAGAAAAGUGCGGUGGGCACACAUUGCAACUUUGUACAGUAUUUCGUCUUCUGCACAAGCGCACUGGAAACGACACUCGCUCCCGAGAACUUAUUUAUUAUUCUUAAAACGACUUCAAACCACAGUGAUCACUGCCCAAACUUUUGUUUUUAUUUUCUUUUUGACUGAAUCGACCAAGACAUUUUGAAGUGUUCUUAAUAUUCACAAGUUAUGACGUGAAGCGAAAACAUCUGGGACUCCAUCCGAACAACUGCCUUUCCUGGAUUUAAUAAUGAUAUGAAUGAAACAUUCCUCAUUUGUACACAUUUUGCAUACUUUUUACAAUAUGAGCGGGCUGUUGCUUGUUUAUUUUAUCAUAGUGUAGCUUAGCUUAGCUCAUCUUAGUUUACAUGAAAAACCAGGGAAGAUACGAGGCGCAAUAUAACUUUUUAUUUUAAACGAUAGAAAAAUAAAUUAAUUAUUUUGUACUUGUAUGCAAGAGUUUAGCAGCACUUGAAUUCAGAAAGUGAUGUAACAAAUAAUUUCCUUUCUGGGAUCAAUAGCAAGUCAACGUUUUUUUUUUUUUUUUUUUUUUAGGGUGGGGCGGCUAUAAAACUGUAUAAAUUGGUGUAAAUUUUACUGAAAAUCUCAUAUCCGUAACGUCAGUGUGAGCAACAUUAAACGGUCAUCUUAUUUGGCGUCGCUCAGCCUAGCUUUUUUUCUAGCUUAGCUUAGCUAUACCUAGCUUAGUUUGAAGAGUUAGUUUUAGCAGGUAAAACACUGGUGUCAAACUCAAGGCCCGGGGGCCAGAUCCGGCCCGCCACAUGAUUUUAUGUGGCCCGCGAAGGCAAAUUGUCAGUGUCAAAAUCGUGAUUCUUUGGAAAAUAUGUCCCAACAUUUCAAAUAGUCAUAUAUCAUAAAUGGUAAUGUUGAGAUAUUAUCAGCAUUUUUGUGUUGCCAAACAUGAACAAUGGUUGAAAAAUCCCUUUACACUUGAUUUCUUGAUUCCAAAACUAGUUCAUAAAUUUCAUGUGUUAAUAUGACGAGGCGAUUCAGGAUUUCUAUGGUUUCACGAUAACGGAGGGAAAUCGUAACAACAAUGUGGCCCGCGACAGAAAUGAGUUUUGACACCCCUGAUAAAAUGUUGCUUUUUCUCUAGAAUUUACAUUACAAUAAUACCAUUUCUUAAAUCUGUAUGUCAGUAUAUCUGUUCAAUUUGUCUUAGAUUCACUUCUUUUAGCUUGUAUUAGUGAGGCCUAGCCUAAAAUGUGACUACAUUUAUCAAGUAAUGCUAAUUUAGUAUGCGAACGUAGCUUAGCCUUGCUUUGCGUCUUUUAUCUUAAAAUGCUGGCGCUAACUUAUUGCCCUGAGCUCCACCUACUGCCUCUUAAGGCCUUUUCACACUGCAUUUGCAUUUUCUUGGCGUUCCUCACAGAGCAGUACGCAAGGACGGGCCCCCCCCCCCGGUGCAAGUUUGCCUAUAUUUAGAAGUGCUUGCGUAGCGGCCAACCAGGAGUUUAGCAGUCUAAAAAUCGCUUCCCUUCUCCUAUGGAAUGCAUCAGAAGUUUUGGCUUCGGGUAGCAGCAAACAACCCACCUCGGGCGGCGCAACGCUACAUGCCAUUCUACCACCGCACCCUUGCAGCACAUAGACAACGAAUGGGUGAGUUGACAGACAGCAUGCUGUGCUUUGCUCAGUGCAGUGUGAAAACGCCUUUAGUGUGAAAACAAAGAUACAAUUUUAGGGCGGUAAAAUUGUCCUAAAAACUUUUAAAAAAUGAUCACAAUGAGGAGUCAUACUGACGUUCCAAUAUAGCGAUCCUUUUCAAGACUAGAAAAGAUGGAGACCAGCUAGCAGCCAAUUAGCAUCAAAACGUGAGCUCCUCAAUUUAGCGAUCCUUUUCAAGAUGGAGACCAGCUAGCAGACAAUUAGCUUCAAAUGUUAAAUUUUGAAAAGUACAAAUUUCUGAGGCAGGGCAUCGCUUCCAGUGCUAUUGUGCCGCAGUGAUCUCUAGAAUAGACGCUUUCAAGUAGCGGGAGGACGUAGAAACUUUUUACUAGUUAGUAGAAUAGCCUUAUUAAACAAACAAGAGAAAAUCAUUCCAAGCUUCCGUAAGUAGGGGCUCGUUUUCAGUGUGUAGACAAUUAGUGUCCUCUCUUCACUGUGUAUAUAACCCAAGAGGAUUUCCUCGCAACGAGAAUAUAUUUUGUACGCAUCGCAACGUGUCCAAAGGGUGUCAAAAUAUCACAUACGAGGCUGGGUUUACGCUACUCGUCAUGGCAACAACAACAAAAAAGCAUAAGGAGCUACAGUGAAUUGAUCAUGAUUGAUUGUUUGAUUAUUAUAAGGGAAAAAAUGAAAUACAGUUGGGUUUUUUUUAAUAUUAUUAAAAAAAAAAUCCUUUUUGGGGGAGGAUAGUGUCAUUUCAGUCCCAUUCAUUUCAAUAGGGAAAGAUGAUUUGGGGGUUUUAAUUUAGGAGCGUUGAUACGAGCUGUUCGGUCCCAGUACGACCGCUGUCAAGUCUUUGGUCCGCAUUGCCGGCAAUAAGGUGGACUCGUUUCCAGUGAGAGUUGAACUCCGCCAAGGCUGCCCUCUGUCACCGAUUUUGUUCAUAAUUUUUAUGGACAGAAUUUCUGGUGUCCGGUUUGGUGGCCUCAGCAUCGCAUCUCUGCUCUUUGCGGACGACGCGAUUCUGUCGGCUUCAUCAAGCCGUGAUCUCCGGCUCUCACUGGAGCGAUUCGCAACCGAGUGUGAAGCGGCUGGGAUGAGAAUCAGCACCUCCAAAUCCGAGGCUACGGUCCUCGGUCGGAAAAAGGGGGCCCUCUCCGGGUCGGGUUAUGAGAUCCUUCCCCAAGUGGAAGAGUUCAAGUAUCUUGGGGUCUUGUCCACGAGCAGUGUCGGGGUUCUCACUGAGAGAUAGGGUGAGAAGCUCGGUCAUCCGGGAGGGGCUCAGUGUCGAGCCGCUGCUCCUCCGCAUUGAGAGGAGCCAGAUGAGGUGGCUGGGGCAUCUGAUCCGGAUGCUUCCCGGACACCUCCCACCGGAAAGAGACCCCGGUGACGACCCAGGACACGCUGGAGAGACUACGUCUCUCGGGUGGCUCGGGAACGCCUCGGGAUCCCUCCAGAAGAGCUGGAAGAAGCGGCUGGGGAAAGGGAAGUCUUGGUAUUCCUUGUGAAGCUACUUACCCCAUGACCUGAUCCGGAAAAGCGGUAGAAAACGGAUGGAUGAAAGUUAGGAGCGUGGUCGCAGAACGAUUCAAGUGCAUUUUAUACUCAUUGGAUCGGACCUGCAAGCGUAAAUUCAGCCUUAGCUCAUCCUGGUUCUAAUCUCUUAAUGUACCACAGGAGGACGGAAUAGUUUGUCAUGACGAAGUAAAAGCCUCGUCCACGUUUACAUAUCCCGUUGCCUCCGCCGUCAGCAGACUGUUAAGCGACGAUGACCAAAAGAAACCAACAAAAAAAGAUUGGGAGCAUCGUUGGGAAGGGGCCGCGUGUGUACCCGUAACGUCGUCGUUGUCGUGCGUCCUCAUUGCCUCGCUGUUCGAAUGUGGAGAAAUACCAGUGCCUUUUUUUAUAAAGGAUAACGCCAGAACGGGGUCGUUGUUGUCGGAAUAAACGGGGGGAGUCGCCGCCGCCGUCGUCGUGUUGCAGAGCGGACGUGCCAUACAAAGCCUUAGUGACGAACUGACUCUGCGGAACACCUUGCCCCGGACGGGGGUCAUCAUAGUAACGUACUCGCAGGUGUCGAGACACUGAUCCCUGAGUGACGCCGCUCUUUGUCAUCACCGUGUCUCGGAGCGUUUUAUUAUAUUAUUUGUAUGUUUUCCUGCUUAGACCGCUGAUUUUACGCUUCAUUUUUUUUGUUUGUUUUAUUCCACGUCCUCAUCAACUGUAAUCACGUCGCUCCGUCAAGUUAACCCCCCCCCCACCCCACCCCCACAACACUUGUGUACUUAAUGUGUGCAUCGACUGUAUCCUCAAGGCACUGAUAAUACCAUCCUGAAACGUUUAUGGUUCAAUGUAAUAUACCACAAAAUAAUAAUAAUAAUAAAUCAUAUUAAUGACA